GGUCGGAAGUGGCGCAGGAGUUACUGGCUUCGACAUUAAUCAUUACAAUCCCUCCUACUUCGUCUGCUCCGCCUCACCCAUCACCUCCUGGCCGUGCCAAGAACUGGGGCUAUAAUUAAGCUAUGUCAUCAAAGGAGAGUUUCACGACGAGCAGCCUCUCGCUGAGCCUGAAUGAGGACUGGGACCGCUCAGAAAGUGAUAUUAUAGUGCCUCAGACGCAAGCACCACGACACUCGGUCCCGUUUCCGGCGGAGGACGUGCAGGCCGACUGCAGCGCACCUGGGGAAAACAAGAGUAGGAAGGCCAGGUCGCUGAGUGAGCUCAUGCGGCUCCAUGUCGAGAAGGGGACUGGUGUAACCUUCAACGUCGAGGAAGCAAGUCGUGUAGCAGAUGUUCUCAAGCAGUGGAUAAAUUCGGGAACUUCUCCAUAUGAGGGCGAAGAUGACUUCUUCUCUCGUGCAAAUGAUGAUUUGUCACUAGGCGCGAAACGUUCACUGCAGUUGGGAGGCCGAACGAGAGGGCAGACCACCUGCACAUGUAGUGUUGAAUCUCCUCAGCCCUGCACUUUGAAUAGCCACGAUGGCAAGCUCUUGAAGGCGAUCAGCAACUCGGCACAUCAGCAAGGACAGACAUGUAUCACGUUCUCGCGUGACGGGAACGCCGUGACGCAACACAUUCGUGCUAGGGCAGGGAUGUGA